CUGGAUUCUAAGUCUCCUGAAAGGUAGAAGUCGGUGCAUUUACAUCUCCAAUAAUAAUGUUUAAAUUAAAGAACAGAAAUAAUUUAUCGAAUGGAUUCGACAUUGCCGAAUUUUCAUAUUACAUUAUGUGCAUCCCAAGCACUGAGUUUUUAAAUCGGGAAAGUGCGAUUUAACAGGAUCUGAAUGGCCACUAAUGCAACUGAGAACCUUUCUGUUAAUCUCUAACAAACCGAUUGUUUAUCUGCAAAAGACGAUACUCCCCGUUUUUGUCCUUUAUUGACCAAUUUAGAUGGACAAAACGACUUCUCACGUUUCUUAAAAUGGCACUGAUAUGCUUAAAAAGAGAAGUCUUGUCAUUUUUACAAAUCGAAGACAAUGUAGUUUGGAUUUAGGGCACAAAGGCACUAGUGAGAAAAUGACAGUUAAAAACGCGAUUCAGUUCUUACAGAUAAAUUCUGUUCUCCCCAGCAAAACAGAAUCUGCUCAUCAGUUCGUGUGACGUAGAGUUCCCAAGCCCGGACUGAAGGAGGAUGCAAACUAACCCAAACUAAGCACACACAGCACAGUCACUGUGGGAGUGAAUAAACCCGCACAAGAGAAUUCUAGCUUGCGUUAAACCCGCUGUUUCUGAGCUCCAAUAUUACUUUCCAGUUUGAUUGUCUUUCACCUCGUACUCCAUGCGACUUGAUCAUACAAAUACCUUGGAGUGCUUAUAGUUUCUAUUUGACGCAAGAUGAAAAACUCCGGGAUCAAGAAAAUGAAGCAAUAUCUGGGCUCCCCGUUCAGUGAGUAUCUCCCUGUUACUACUAGUGAUUUCAACGGAGAUGCUUAAACCUGCUGCAUGAAUUUUCUUCCUUUUCCAUGGGGAUAGAUUUAUCGAGGUAUUCCCAGACUCAAAAACACAAUGUUUCUAGUGAACUAGCACACAGAAUGUGCUCUGAUUGCCUUCAUACAUCACUUGCCUUUUGGACUGGAAAGACGGUCGUUGGAGAGUCCUGCGCUUUUGCGAGCUUUGUUCAGAUUUUGUUUUAAAAUUGUGCGUGGUUUUAUAUCUAUACAAAAAUCCCAUUUUAAAGGGUCUAACAGCGUUGAUGCUAGAGCUUUCGGCUACACUGUAAAAAUGCUGAACAGCGUUUUGUUGCUAAGCGUUUUAGCGGUGACCAGUUUCUCUUCGAAGACAGAAAGCCGUAAAACUUCCAAAGACCUUUGUAAGAAUCGCUGCUUGUGCGAGGAGAAGGAGAGCGUUCUGAAUAUUAAUUGUGAAAACAAAGGAUUAACAGCGGUCAACCAGUUCCAGCCGCCGCAAAAUAGAAUAUGUCAACUCUUUCUGAAUGGAAACUUCCUAUCCAGGCUUAUUCCAAACGAGUUUCUGAAUUACGGCAAUGUUACCACUCUUCAUCUGGGGAACAACGGGUUACAGGAGAUUAAAACAGGGGCUUUCAUAGGGCUGAAAAUUUUAAAACGACUGUAUCUUAACAAUAAUAAUCUGGAGAUUAUUAAAGAAGAUACCUUUAUUGGUUUAGAAAGUUUGGAAUAUUUGCAAGCAGAUUAUAACUACAUCAGUGCUAUAGAGGCAGGGGCAUUUAGUAAACUGAAUAAAUUGAAAGUCCUGAUUCUAAAUGACAACCUUUUGCCAUCCCUGCCCGGCAAUGUCUUUCGCUUUGUUUUAUUAACUCAUCUGGACCUAAGGGGAAACAGACUGAAAAUGCUCCCUUUUGCCGGAGUGCUAGAGCACAUUGGUGGCAUAAUGGAAAUUCAGCUGGAAGAAAACCCGUGGAAUUGUACGUGUGACUUGCUUCCACUAAAAGCCUGGCUGGAUACCAUCUCUGUCUUCGUGGGUGAUAUUGUUUGCGAGACCCCUUUUAGACUCCAUGGGAAAGACAUCACUCAGUUGACGAAACAAGACCUCUGCCCCCGGAAAAGUGACUCGAACCAACGGGCAAUGCAGCCGCCUUCAGAUUCGCAAUACCAGGGUCCGACUCCCACCAUAAACCCAGGAGUCACAAAAGCACCAAAGGCCUCCCGAGCCCCUAAAAUACGAAACCGUCCUACAACUCGGGUAACAAUUUCCAGUAAAGACAAGCAGAUAUUUGGACCGAUAAUGGUUUAUCAAACGAGGUCACCCGUGCCAAUUAUUUGUCCAAAAGUCUGCAUCUGCACUUCGCAGAAUCCAGAGAAUGGAUUAAACGUAAACUGUCAAGAGAGAAAAUUAUACAAUAUAUCAGAUCUGCACCCAAAACCUUCCUAUCCAAAGAAGCUUCAUCUCACAGGUAAUCAUUUACAGACAGUGUACAGAACAGAUCUCACUGAAUACAGUUCUUUGGAGCUGCUACACUUGGGGAAUAACAGGAUAGCCACAAUUCAGGACGAGGCCUUUGAAAACCUAACUAAUUUACGUAGGUUGUAUCUUAAUGGUAAUUACAUCGAAAGCCUGUCUCCUUCUCUGUUUGCCGGUCUGCAAAACCUGCAAUAUUUAUACUUAGAGUACAACGUCAUAAAAGAUAUUUUGCCGCAGACCUUUAACGCCCUACAAAACCUUCAGCUUUUGUUUCUUAACAACAAUCUGUUAAAGUCUUUGCCCGAUAACGUUUUCGGAGGCACCAUGCUCACAAGGCUUAACCUUAGAAACAACCACUUCUCCUAUCUGCCUGUGAGAGGUGUGCUGGACCAGCUUUCUCCGUUUAUUCAGAUUGAUCUUCAGGAGAACCCAUGGGAUUGUACUUGUGACAUUGUAGCACUGAAACACUGGAUGGAACAGUCGAGUACUAGCGUAGUAGUGAACGAAAUCACUUGUGAUUCCCCUUCUAAACAUGCGGGAAAGCUACUGAGAUCCCUGCAAAAUGAUGCAAUUUGCCCAGAAAACAAUGAGAUUAAGGAGACUAUGGGGGUGACAGCUAUUACGGAGACAGAUGCCCCUUAUUCUGCUAGUACCCCUACCCAGCCCUUACCAGAGAUUCAUACCGAGGUACCUUUGUCCGUUCUCAUUUUGGGCUUGCUAGUCGUGUUCAUUUUGUCAGUCUGUUUCGGUGCGGGUUUGUUCGUUUUCGUUCUAAAAAGACGCAAAGGGGUAGAGAGCGUCCCCACGAGUGCCAACAACUUGGAUUUAAACUCGUUCCAAGUCCAGUAUGGCUCCUACAACACAGAAACCAGCACAGACAAGACUGAAAGCCAUGUGUACAACUAUAUCCCCCCUCCCGUUGGCCAGAUGUGUCAAAACCCCAUAUACAUGCAGAAGGAGGAGGACCAAGUAGCUUACUACAGGAACCUCAAAGAGCUGAGCUACAACAGCCUGGACCAUAAAAAGGACGAACAUUCCCGCAGUCCAGCAUAUACAAUAAGCACGGUUGAAUUCAUUGAAAAACAACGCUGCGGAAACAGGGAUCCGGAGCUAUUGUACCAGAAUAUAACCGAAAGAGUGAAGGAGCUUCCGACCGCUGGGGUGAUAAAUUAUAAUUUUUGCACCUUACCCAAAAGGCCAUUUGCGCACCCCUACGAACCGUCGAGGCGUCAUAACCAGGACAGGUUCAAUAAAACUGUUCUGUACGGAACUCCCAGAAAAUAUUAUGCCGAACAAUCAAAUAAUGAGCAUCCUUUGCUUCUCGGAAAACUAAAGACAGAACCGGACUACCUCGAAGUUCUGGAAAAACAAACUGCAAUCAGCCAGCUGUAAAAUCUGUAUACAUUUACUCAGUAUUUCAAUACAUACAUAUAUCUAUACAGUAUAUUGCCAACAAACUGUAAGGACAACAUGUAAACAACGUGACAUUACUUUUUCUUUUCUUCCCCUGCUGUACAAACGAGAUUUUUUUAAAAAAUAUAUGCAGUACAAGGUGUUUAUUUAACUUUUGUCUAAGUUUUAAAUUAUUACAUACUUGAAAAGUUCUCACGGUAGCAAGAAUUGUCGCAAAUGUGUGUAAUACAGUUUUUCUGUUUUCUUUUUCUCUAAAAUGGAUCUUGGACUUCUGCUUUCAAAUUCCAAACAAAACUGAAUUAUUUUACAAUAUCGUGCUGUAUAUAAUAUCAGGUAUUGUGUGCGCAACACCUUUACCGGUUACAUCCGCUUGGCGCCCUAUUUUUAUUUCCAAGAAGUGCCUUUGCACUUAAAAUAUGUUAACGUUGCUUUCUGCUGUAAGAUGAAGUUUUAUAUAUAUAUAUUACGUAUUGUAUUUUAAGAAUAUCGAUAUGUAAAAUAGAAUUCUAUGUCAAUUACAUUAAAUGAAAUUGAAAAGUAUUCCUUAUGUGAAGAAAAACAUUUUUGUGCAUUUUACGUGCCUUUUCAGACAUUAAAUAGAAAACUAUACAAAUAUGAUUUUACGGGUUUGCAGUAAGGUUGAUCACCACUUAUAAGCUUCAAGUGACAUUGAAUUAAGAAAUACUUCUAGGCUGAUGUGUUAAUAUAUAAUGUUGUUUUCAAUAAACUCAUAUUCAUUUAAUAACCA